AUGAGCGACACGAACGAGACGAAAGCGGAAAAGGAAAAGUUGGCCGCCGUCGACUACGGGCUUGGGCAGCUUCAGGAUGAUUCCGCGUUGAUGCGGCGGGUGGACUGGCGCAUCUUGCCUAUCAUGUUCUUGUCUUACUUUUUGCAGUUUCUGGAUAAGGUGGCAUUGAAUUAUGCCAAUGUGAUGGGAAUGCAAGAGGAUCUGGGGAUGAAAGGCAAUGACUUUUCGUGGCUGGCCACCGCCUUCUUCAUCGCUUAUGCGGUGGCUGAGAUUCCUCAGGGGAUUCUACUGCAACGAUACCCUGUUACCAAAGUCCUCGGGGCCAAUAUCUUCUGUUGGGGGAUUCUCCUCUGCUGCUCUGCGGCUGCAAAGAACUUCGCGGGCAUGAUCUCCCUGCGCAUCAUCUUAGGCGCCCUGGAGGCUGUCAUUGCCCCUGCCCUGACGAUCUAUACCAGCAUGUGGUAUACUCGCGCCGAAUCCGUCCCUCGCUACGGCCUCUGGUACUGUGGCCUGGGCACCGGCCAGAUCGUCGGAGGCUUGAUCUCGUUUCUAGUCCAGCAAUAUGCUCCGACCUCACCCCACUCCUUCCACGGCUGGCGGAUCAUGUUCAUCGUGAUCGGAGCAGUGAACAUCCUCGUGUCACUCUUAGUCGUCGUCGUUCUUCCUCCCACUCCACGCAAAGCCCCAUUUCUUCGCGAGUUCGACAAGGAGCGUAUUGAGCAGCGGCUGCAGCAAGAUCACGUCGGACGAGCUGCGAGGGAAGAGGGCUACCGAACGUCUGUACUGGAGGUAGCCAUGGACCUUCAGACGUGGCUGUUGGUCCUGCUGACCAUCCUGAUCACGAUCCCCAGCGGCGUCAUCACGACCUUUUCGGCGAUUCUGAUCAAGGGGUUCGGCUAUGGAACCAAGGAGAGCGCGCUGCUGAACAUGCCGUGCGGAGCGGUCAGUAUCCUUGCGACCAUCGGCUCGGCCAUGGCGAUUGUCAAGGGGGUUCCCCGCUGGGUGGCGAUCAAUUUGCUGCUGCUGCCCACCUUGCUGGGAGCCUGCCUGAUGUCGUUCUUGCCCGCAUCCAAUCAGCCUGGCUGCCUGGUGGGGAUUUAUCUCGUGAACACGACGGUGGCCCCGCUGGCGUUGAUCUUUGCAUGGACGGGCGCAAACUACAAAGGACACACAAGGAAGGUCGCCGGAAGUACACUGAUCUCGGCCGCAUUCAGCAUCGCUAACAUCAUUGGACCACAGACGUUCCAGUCGCGCAAUGCGCCGGGAUAUCUUCCCGCCAAGAUUACCAUCGUAGCUGUGAACGCAGGGGCCAUUCUGAUUUCUACCUCGCUGCGAGUGGUAUAUGGGCGACGGAACGCCCGGGCCAACCGAAUGGGUCGAGCGGCAGGCAGCGGGAGGGAGCGACGGCAGGAGGAAGAUGGGGGAGAGUUGGACUUUCGUUACGUGUAUUGACUUAGUCGAAGAUCUUACACUUGCAGUCGAACCGCACGUCGU